CGAAGCGAUUCUUGGUAGAAAAAUAAUAAUUUCCGCAGAAAACUAAUUUUUGCCACGGGUGGUAUUAUAAAUUAUAGUGAUAAUUUGCAUUGUGGUGAUUCGACUGAAUUUGAGAAUACCGUAAGCAUUAAAUUGCGAAAAAUGGUGUUGGAAAAAUUGUAAGCAAAGCGGGUGGAGUACAUUUUGUCAGCGGUAGUAGGGUGUAGGCGCUGUAAUUUGGAAAUCGAUUGGUAUUUUAAUGAAAAAUGCCUACUAAACGUGUAAUUGAAUAGAAAAUAACUGAAACGAAUUUAGUUAAAAGCGCGUACUGGACGCAAAACAAUUGGCUGCUGGAGAGCAGUUGCUGCAGAAAGCAUUAAAAGAGGCGCUGGCUAUGUUAAGAAGGUAGCAUAAUGCCAUCGAAAAUAUUAAGCCACGCCAAAGCCUUCCAUAAAAUAAGUAAACGUUUGCUUACAUCAGAAUUUCGCCAGCCAAAUAAACACAUACAAAAUAUUGAUAUACAGAAAUUUUGUAACAAAUAUGAAAAGUUAUGAUUAUCAGCGCUGGAGCAAUAAAAUUCAUGUAUGAAUACAUAUAUCAAUGAGCGCUUGCAUUGCACUAGUUAAAUGCGGCACCGCAGAUAGACUUUAUCAGACAGCUGCAUACACACAUGUACUCCCGCCAAAGUGUACGUCAACAAAUAAGUUUUGUGAUAUUUUCGUCUAUUAUAAGUACGAUUAAACCAGAGAAGAUUAGAAAUUGAAACGACAAAUACAGCUAUAAGAAUCUACAAACAAGGGCUAAAAGUUAUAUGUAGUUUUAAUCAAGAUGAUAGCGUUUCGCCAUUAGUAUAUCAAUGAAUUCUAUUACAUUACUGUUUGAUCUGUAAACGGCGAAGAACACUUUACUCAACAAUAACCUCACCACCGUCAACACGUCUACCAUACAGCUUGUAAUGUUGUCCGACCUUGAUGACACCGAUGAGUUGGACACUAUUGCCGAUGUUAUGGGCUUACGCUCACAGAACCGUCUCAACACAUUUCGCGAAAUGUGGUAUCAUAUAUUUUUGUGGGCGCUCUUCUCCUCCAUUUUCAUACACACAUGCGCGGCGUUGGUUGCCUUUGUGACCCUGCGCAAACACAAAUUCGGACGCUUUUUCUCCAUACUGAUACUGGUAAUGGGAUUUGUAUCACCAGCAAUGAGCGGGAUCGUUAGUAGUGCGGUGAUAGCAUUCGUGCAUCGGGCCUCUAGUUUGCCAAUGUCGCCAAUUUACGCGAUGGUCUGGGGAGUGGGCCAAACAAUAGUGUCAGCGUGUUUAGGGUUUACACGAAUAUUGGCCACGCUAUAGAAAAUGGGAACAUUCUUGGGGGAGGAAUGGCAAAGAGUGAGUGACAGACAGACGGACAGUUCCAUAUACAUAUGUAUACAGACACACUCGUAAGGUCUUAGUGAUAAUCGCCUAGUGUUUUAAGUCUAAUAAUAACGAAUGAUAAGUAAAUUAAAGGAAAUACAUAUAAAAAAUAUAUUAAUUCCUUAAUUGUGCAGUAAAUUAUAAUCGUUUGCCCAUUAGUGUAUUUUGUAAUUAAGGUUUCUAAACAUGUUUGUCUUCAUUAUGUUAAACAAAUUACUUCUAAUUUAAAAUUUUUGUAUUCUAUAUUUAUACCUUCAGUUAAGUAUUCUCUGUGUUGACAAUUGAUAAAAACUAUAUAUACAACAUGUAAAACAGAAUUAAUAAAUGAUAUACACACAUACUUAAGUAUUCAACCACACAUGCAUAGAGACAUAUAUUCAUUCAACUUUUUACAUAAAACAUAGCCAGUAAGCGUAAAUUAGCCAAAUGUCGUAAAUAAAAGCAUUCAAAAAUAUAACAAAUUGAGAUACAUACAUGCAUAUGUACGUAGUAUGUAUGUACUACAGCUUAAAUUAAAAAACUUAUAACUGGACUUUUGAAAAAGUUAUAAUCUAAAAUUUCUACUCGACUACACACCACGCCCUGCUUAACCGCCAACGAACCUAAUUUUAACAGUCUAUAAAAUAU